AUGGCAGAACAGCAAAUCUCGUUCAAGGUCGAAGACCUUUUCUCCGUCAAGGGCAAGGUCGUUGUCAUUACCGGCGGCGGUUCAGGCCUGGGCAAGGCCAUUGCAGAGGCCUUUGCGGUCAACGGGGCGCGCGUCUACAUUUCGGGACGGCGGCAGGAAGUGUUGGACACGGCAGCCAAACAGAUUGGGGGUGAUAUUCACACCAUCCAGGGCGAUGUCCAGACAGAAGAGGGCUGCAAGGCCAUUGUGGCGGCCGUGGCAGCCAAGGAGUCCCAUGUGCGUCGAGGCCAAACAAUCGACGACCGUGAUUCACAAUGGAAGACGGCUGGCGACUGA